AUGGGGGCUUUCUCUUCAAUUUUGCAUUUGAAAGUGAAGUAUCCCUCAGGGGAUCAGGUCAAGGAGUUGAUUGGAAGUCAGACUAUAGCUAGGCAAUUCCUAAUUGCAGCUAUUAGGCACCAGUCCGAGGGAGUAAGAUGCAAGAAGCUGGAGAAGGUUACUAUCGAUACUGAUGUCGACAAAUAUUUUCAAGUGGGAGUUCAGCUGCCUCCUCGGGAGAUAGAAGAGCUAGUGGCUUUCCUUAGAAAGAAUGUUGAUAUGUUUGCUUGGAGUGCUUAUGAAGCUCCCGGGGUGGAUCCGAAUUUCAUUUGUCAUCAUCUGAAUGUCAAUCCAUCUGUUACCCCUAAGAAACAACCACAUCGACACUCUUCUAAAGAACAUUCCAAGGUUGUUAAAGAAGAGGUGGUCAAACUUAAGCGUGCAAGGGCAAUAAAAGAAGUCUUUUACCCAGAAUGGUUGGAUAACACAAUGGUGGUGAAAAAGAAGAAUGGGAAGUGGCGAAUAUGUGUAGAUUUCAUGGAUUUAAACAAAGCUUGCCCCAAGGACCCCUUUCCGAUACCCCAAAUAGACCAAUUAGUGGAUACGAUGGUUGGUCAUCCUCGAAUGAGUUUUUUGAAUGUCUUUCAAAGGUACCAUCAGAUACCAUUAGCUCUGGCCAACCAGGAGAAGACUGCUUUUGUAACGCCCACUGAGAAUUAUCAUCAUAAGCUUGGCAAGAACAUUGAGGUCUACAUUGAUGACAUGGUGGUGAAAAGUAAGAUAGUGGCCAAGCAUGUGGGUGACCUCGGAAGUGUCUUUGAGGUGUUGAGAAAGCAUAAAUUGCACCUUAAUGCUUCUAAAUGUUCCUUUGGCAUCAACUUAGGUAAGUUUUUGGGCUAUAUGGUCACCCACCGUGGGAUUGAAGUUAACAUUGAUCAAAUUAAAUUGAAGGAUUACCUUUCUCGGCCACCCAUUAUGUCCAGCCCCGAAGAGGAAGAUGUCCUUUUUGCCUACAUUGUCGUGGCCUCUAAUGCAAUUAGUCUAGUAUUGGUGAGGGUAGAAAAUGGAGUACAGUGGCCAGUCUAUUAUGUGAGUAAGUUGCUACACGAAGUUGAAGUUCGUUACUUACCCUUAGAGAAAGUCAUUUUAGUUGUGGUGCAUGCUACGCGAAAACUCCCCCACUACUUCCAAGCCCAUACAAUUGCGGUUUUAACUCAACCCCCUCUGCAGUCGUUGCUACGAAAAGCUAAUUAUGCGGGAAGAAUUGCCAAGUGGGGGACGAUCUUGGGGGCAUUUGACAUAAAGUACAUGCCUUAUACCUUAGUUAAAAGGCAAGUUCUUGCGGAUUUGGUGGCAAAGUUUACCGAGUCUCCAAUAGAGGUAGAGGUCGAGGAACACAUAUUAGAGGGAAAGCAAGUUCCGGCAAUUUCUCUACGGAGGCCCUCACCCUGGAAGUUAUAUGUUGAUGGUGCAGCAAAUCAAAUGGGAUCCAGGGUGGGGCUGGUAGUAGUGUCCCCAGACAAAAUCACCAUUGAGAAAUCCUUAAGGUUGGGCUUCUUAGCCACGAACAACGAAGUUGAAUAUGAGACUCUACUAAGAGGGAUAGCUAUGGUUCAGAAGAUAGGAGGAAAAGUUGUUGAAGUGUUCUCAGACUCAAGGUUAAUCGUAGGACAAGGAAAAGGAGAGUUGGAAGCUAGGGAUUUGAGAAUGCAAGGGAAUACACAUGCUAAUUCUUUGGCAACUCUAGCAACCUUUUCUGGACAAGAUCUACCUCAGGUCAUACUUGUUGAGGAUCUGUAUAGGCCUGCUGAGGAGAAGAAGGAAAAAGUCCAAGUUCACCAGAUUAAGGUCAGACCUAAUUGGAUGGAUCCCUUAGUUCUAUUUCUCAAGGAAGAUAUUUUGCCUUAUGAGAAGGGGGAGGCAGAAAAAAUAUGGAGGAAAGCUCCUCAUUUUUGGUUGUCUGAGGAGCAAAAGUUGUACAAACGCUCCUUCUUUGGACCAUACUUGCUUUUUGUUUAUCCCGAGGCAGUGGAGCCACUUUUGGAAGAGUUGCAUGAGGGGAUAUAUGGAAGUCAUACGAGGGGCAAAUCGUUAUCACAUAGAGCUCUUAACCAAGGGUAUUGGUGGCCUAGUAUGCAAAAAGAGGCGCAAGAAUAUUCAACUCCAGCCUAUCUGCAAGGAAAUGGGCAAGCUGAAGUAGUCAACAUAAUCAUAGUGAAUGGUCUUAAGAAAAGGUUAGAUGAAGCAAAGGGUAGAUGGGUGGAAGAGCUACCACACGUUCUUUGGACAUAUCGGAUUACUCCUCGUCGGUUAACUGGGGAAGCACUCUUUUUAAUGACCUAUAGGUUCGAGGCCGUGAUCCCUCUAGAGGUUGGGUUUCCAACACUGAGAACAAGCUUGUUCACCCCAGACAAUAAUGAUCAGCUAUUGGAGAAAAUUUUAGAUUUGGUUGAUGAACGAAGAGAAGCAACCAUGGUUCAACUAGCGUAUUAUCAGCAGAACUUUAAAUAG